AUGACCAUCGCCCACCGCACAGUCAAGCUCCUCGACGGCAAGCUCAUCCCCGCGCUCGGGUGGGGCAACGCGUCCUCCGGCCUCCUGGGCGGCGGCCAGAAGUCGAUCGACGCAGCCAAGCUCGCCAUCGCGAGCGGCAUCACGCACAUCGACACGGCGCAGCUGUACCGUACCGAGACGGAGACGGGGGUGGCCGUGCGCGAGUCGGGCGCCGAGGGCAAGGUGUGGGUGACGACGAAGCUGUCCGAGAAGGAGGGCAUCGCCGACGCCAACGGCGUCAACCGCGACGCGCUGCGCAAGUCGGUCGAGGGGUCUCUGCAGCGCCUGGGCGCCAAGCCCGACCUCCUGCUCAUCCACAACAUCGAAGCCGCGGCGGGACACAUCGCGCCGCUGUGGACCGCGCUCGAGGACCUCGUGUUUGACGGCACGUUGGCCGGCGUCAGCAUCGGCGUGAGCAACUACCGCCCGCAGGACAUUGAGGCGGUUGUCGCUGUGGCGCGGAUCAUCCCCGCCGUGAACCAGUUCGAGUUCCACCCCUACCUCCUCGCGCACACCGAGGGCCUGAUCGCCCUGCAGAAGAAGCACGGCAUCGCGACCGAGGCGUACGGCCCGCUCACGCCGCUCCUGCGGCACCCGACCGGCGGCCCGCUCAAGCCGGUGCUGGAGCGCAUCGCCAAGACGCACAACAUCGACCCCGCGACUGUGCUGUUGCUCUGGGUCAUUGCCAAGGGCCACGUCGCCAUCUCGGGCAGCGCAAAGGCGGAUAACCUCAAGAAGCUGGCCGCGAUCGACCAGCUGCCCGACCUCACGGCCGAGGAAGUCGCUGAGAUCGACGCCGUCGGACGCAAGAUCCACUUUAGGGGCUACAAGGUCCACCAUGUCAAGGACUUCCCUGCGCCCGACCUGCCCGAGGACCUGCCCGCCGAGGGGAAGCUGUAA